UUGUAAAUAUCUCUUUUUAAGUCAUCAGCUGUUGCGAAUCACCCCUAAGGACAUACAAGAGUUUCAUAUCGCCAGAGAGUUCCAAGAAAUGCUCGAAAAUAACGGGAUCGACGUAUGGCGGUCCAGUUCCGGACCUAAUUCGUCCCUCGACUUCAUGUUACCACCUGACAUGGACGCCAUGAUGGACAGCCUCGCUUUGACCUACACCGUCCAGAUCCCGGAUGUUGAGAAGGCCGUCCAGAUAUCACUCAUCUCGAACGAACAGGCACGUCUUCAAAGUUCUGCAACGACCUUCAACUACGCAGUGUAUCAUCCCAUGUCUGAGAUCUACCAGUGGAUGUCAGACACCCAGGCUGUCUAUUCCAGCUACGUCACGAUUAUGGAUAUUGGAUCAACAAACGAUGGGAAUGACAUUAAAGCUCUCAAGGUAUCCGUUUCAUCUGAUGCAAACAGACCGGCUGUUUUUAUCGAAAGUGCCCUACAUGCCAGGGAGUGGGUGUCCCCAGCCAGCGUCCUCUGGAUGACCAACGAGCUUCUGCAGCAGUACGGUACGGAUGCUGAUGUGACAGCUAUCCUGGACGAGUUCGACAUCUACAUCAUCCCCGUUGUUAACGUCGACGGAUACAUCUACAGCUGGCUGUCUUCUAACACACGGCUUUGGAGAAAGAAUAGGGACGAUCCAAGAUCCGCUAAAGAAAUUCGUUCAGGGUGCAUUGGAACUGACCUCAAUCGGAACUUCAGAAUACGCUGGGCAGCAAAGAACGGCGCAAGCCCUGACCCAUGUUCCGUUACAUACAAGGGGAGUCGUGGUUUCUCUGAGCUUGAGACUAGGGCCAUGACGAACUUUGUGAAGAGCAUUGGCAACAGGGUGGCCUUCGUCGACAUCCACAGCUACGGCCAACUGUUGUUGUACCCGCUCGGGUAUAGAGGCGGCCGCACAAUUGACGACAUGGAUUUCAGAGCCUCUGCCCAAGCAGCAACUGCAGCCAUUACUGCAGUACAUGGAACGAACUUCAUAUAUGGAUCAGUCUAUUCGAUUAUACAGAAGGUGACAGGAGACUCGAUUGCCUAUAUGUACAAGAAAGCCGUCAUCAAAUAUAGUGUGGCUUUAGAGCUCCGGGACAGGGGGACGUACGGGUUCCUCCUCCCGGCCGACCAGAUCAUCCCCACGGGAGAAGAGACUCUGGCGGGGAUAUUGGCCUUCCUCGACUACGUCAGCAACAACCCGUGAACCGGGGACUACGUCAGCAACAACUGGUGAACCUGGGACUACGUCAGCAACAACUGGUGAACCCGGGACUACGUCAGCAACAACUGGUGAACCUGGGACUACGUCAGCAACAACCCGUGAACCGGGGACUAC